AUGGAGCGUCAGCAUUUCUUCCACUCCCAUCCGUUGAAGUUGAAUCUUUUCCGGGGCAUUAUUAAUUAUCCAUAUUCCGUACCUUAUUGUAAGGGGUGCGGCGAAGGAAUAUUGGGUAUUAGUUACAAUUGCAAAAGGUGCGACUUCUUCCUUCACAAAUCAUGUGGCGAACAACCCCGCAAGUUGCAGCACCCAUUGCACCCGCAGCAUCCUCUUAUAAUGCUCCUCUCAAUUAGAAGCAAGCAAUCCUAUUUCUGCAGUAAAAAAAUACUACGGGGCUACACUUACCAUUGUUUUCACUGUAAUUUUAACCUUCAUCUUAAAUGCGCUUCUUAUCCGUUCACCGUAAAAGCUGAAUUUCACGACCACCCACUGAAGCUGCUGCGGAAAUCAGUCUCGUUCACCUGCGAUGCAUGUGGUAAAGAAGAUAAAGACAUGUCCUACUUAUGUAUCGAUGUCACAUGCCCACUCAUGGUCCACCUUAAAUGUGCUGCCUUACCAUUGAUUGUCAAAAAUACAAGUCACCACCACGCUCUAAACCUCACCCACUCUUCUCAGCUAAAUCAAUCCCACCGUCGAAUUUGUCGUAUCUGUGUUAAAAAGGUAGACACUGAAAAAGUUUAUUAUUGCUCAAAAUGCAAUUUCAUUGCCCACCUUGAUUGUGCUACAUGCGAGGGAUACACAGAUGAAACAUUUAUGUUGGAAUUUAAAGAUAAGCAGCCUCUCGAGUUAACAGGUAUGCUUAAAAACGAAGAUUCAAAACUGGAUGAAUCCAUGGACGCAUUAGCUUAUGUUGUCAAGAAGAAGAAGAUAGGAGAGGAUAAAAUUGAAAUUGAUGAGGAAAUCAAUCAUUUUAGUCAUCAACAUGACUUAAAGCUUACUUAUGAUCAACUUCAGUACAACGAAAAAUGCAAUGGGUGUAGGCAUCUAAUAUUCCCUCCGUUUUACAGUUGUGCUCAAUGCAGAUUUUUUCUUCACAAAUCUUGUAUUGCAUUACCCAAAAAAAAGCAACACCCACUUCACCCCCACCUCCUCACCCUCCUCAGAAAGGCAACUUAUGGCGACUUCAUUUGUAAUGUUUGUGGUCGUGAGUGUGAUGGCUUCACGUACCGUUGUGUGAAAUGUGAAUUCGAUGCAGAUGUCAAAUGUAGUUUGAUCUCAGACAUCAUAACCCAUGACAGUCACGAGCAUCAACUUAUUCUAUCAAGGGCAUCCUAUAAUGAGAAGUGCAGUUGUUGUGAUUAUAAUGCAAAAGGAGGAGUAUUCAGGUGUGCUGAUUCUGAGGAUGGUUCUGAUGGGGAAUAUUAUUGCGAUAUUUGUGAAAAAGAACGAAAUCCAAAGCAUUGGUUCUACUACUGUGAAGAGCUAAAUUUUCCCGCUCAUUCCAAAUGCAUUCUUGGAACCUAUAUAUUCGAUGUCGUUGGCAUGUUGUAA